AUGAGACAUAUUUUAGUCGUUGUAGAACGAAAAACUUAUAGUGUGGUUGGGCGGUUAUACGCUAUCAAAUAUAUUUCCUUUCCGUAUGUUGUCUCAAUAAAACUCGUUGUCUCACAAAAUGUCUAUUUAUCUAUCUAUCUAUCUAUCUAUCUAUCUAUCUAUCUAUCUAUCUAUCUUUUUCUGUACAUAGCUAUCUAUCAAAUUCUGUACAUCUCCCCCCCUCUCUCUCUCUAUCUCAACCUAUCUAUUUCUGUACAUAUCUAUCUAUCUAUCUAUCUAUCUAUCUAUCUAUCUAUCUAUCUAUCUAUCUAUCUAUCUCUUUCUGCACAUAGCUAUCAUUUUCUACACAUCUUUCCCACUUUAUCUCUCUCUAUGCCUGUGCAUAUCUAUCUAUCUAUCUAUCUAUCUAUCUAUCUAUCUAUCUAUCUAUCUAUCUAUCUAUCUCUGUACAUUAUCUAUCUAUCUAUCUAUCUAUCUAUCUAUCUAUCUAUCAUUGCUUUUUACCACUUUUUUUAUUGCUGUAAGUGGUACGCUCCAAAAUAA